CCCCGAUCUUAAAUCCGUCCGUUUGGAUUUUUAAAGUGCCAUUUUGCGCCAUGUCCCUCCCUUGCAGACGAAAUAUUCACCAUGUCCUGUCCUGACUGCUUCGGUGGCCAUGUCCACGCUGGCGUGCCGAAGGGCCAAGUGACCAAACUACACGGCAUCGACACGUAUGUUAGCCAACCUGCUGAAGGCACCCCGGUGAAAGGCAUUAUCGUCAUCCUCCAUGAUGGCUUUGGUUGGGAGUUUGUGAACAAUAGGCUUCUGGCCGACCACUAUGCCGAGAAGGGUGAUUACAAAGUGUAUCUACCUGAUUUCGUGAAUGGACAUGUCAUCCCCGUAUGGGCUACCGAUUGCCUAAGAGCUCUGUACCGUACCGACAGCACCCUAACUUGGCUUCUCAAACCGUUCUACCUCGCGCGCCUCAUAUACGGCGGUCUACCAUUCAUGAUGCACAGCAAAUUCCCGAAAACCUGGCCAACAGUCAAGGCCUUCAUGACCGCCGUGCGCGAAAACGAAGGCGCAUCCCUCCCCAUCGGCGCCGCCGGCUUCUGCUGGGGUGGCAAACACACCGCGCAUCUAGCGCAUGGCCACGAGGCCGCCAACGGGAAACCUCUUAUCGACGCCGCUUUCACCGGCCACCCUAGCCGCUUGCAGAUUCCUGAGGAGCUGGAGAACGUCAGGAUACCAAUGAGCUUCGCGGUGGGCGAUAAGGACCAUGCCCUCAAGCCGCCGCAGGUCCAGCAGAUUCGGGACGUGAUUGAGGGAAAGCCGGAGGGCGAGAGGGGAGAGGUCAGGACGUAUCUCGGUGCUAGCCAUGGGUUUUGCGUCAGAGCUGAUCUCGUCCUGCUGGAUGCGGAGAGACAGGCAACCGAGGCCGAAGAGCAGGCUUUGGCGUGGUUCGGGACGCAUUUUGGAAGGGUUUCUUAUUGAGGAGAUAUCAGUGUAACUUUUUCGGGGCCGUCGUCCCGAGGACCUCCCUGAACCUAUAUUGGACAACGGAUUGGACUCCUGCAGCAGUCUCGGCUUCCGCUGGCUCUUUGGACAGGGGAAAGGCCGAUUGUAUCCAUUCCCUGCACCGGUAAGCAAGUUCAAACAUUCGCAUCUUCUUGAACAAACCCUUUCAACUCAAUUUAAAGUCAUUCGUAGAAACCUUGGCCAGACAUCCACUGUCUCAAACUAGUUUUGCUUUUCUACUCGUCCCAAUGAUGAAGUUGGCAGAACCUAGGUGGUUAUGCUUGAUGUUAAACAUUCCUCGUCAUCCAGGACGUAACUGCCCCUUUCGCCACGCGUUCAAUGC